UUCCCGGCUGUACUUGAAUGCGGAAGUUGUGCUGGGCGGCGCUUCCGCCUGUGCAGAGGAAAGUUGGGCUGCCAGAUCAGGGCGGAUUCUCGGAUUUCGGUCAGAAGAUGGACAGUCAGGGGAGGAAAGUGGUGGUGUGUGAUAACGGCACCGGGUUUGUGAAGUGUGGAUAUGCCGGCUCUAAUUUCCCUGAGCACAUCUUCCCUGCGCUGGUGGGGCGACCCAUCAUCCGCUCCACAGCCAAAGUGGGGAACAUCGAGAUCAAGGACCUGAUGGUGGGGGACGAAGCGAGCGAGCUGCGCUCCAUGCUGGAGGUCAACUACCCAAUGGAGAACGGCAUCGUGCGCAACUGGGACGACAUGAAGCACCUUUGGGACUACACCUUCGGCCCGGAGAAGCUCAACAUCGACUCGCGCAACUGUAAGAUCCUCCUCACCGAGCCCCCGAUGAACCCCACCAAGAACCGAGAGAAGAUCAUCGAGGUGAUGUUCGAGACGUACCAGUUCACUGGCGUUUACAUCGCCAUCCAGGCCGUGCUCACGCUCUACGCUCAAGGCCUGCUCACUGGCGUUGUUGUAGACUCUGGUGAUGGUGUGACUCACAUCUGUCCCGUGUAUGAGGGCUUCUCUCUCCCCCACCUCACACGACGACUGGACAUCGCCGGCCGAGACAUCACACGCUACCUCAUCAAGUUGCUGUUGCUAAGAGGUUACGCCUUCAACCACUCGGCUGACUUUGAGACGGUGAGGAUGAUGAAGGAGAAGCUGUGCUACGUGGGCUACAACAUCGAACAGGAGCAGAAACUUGCGCUGGAGACCACCGUGCUGGUCGAGUCCUACGUUCUGCCGGACGGCAGGGUAAUAAAGGUCGGAGGUGAGCGUUUCGAGGCUCCCGAGGCGCUCUUCCAGCCGCACCUGAUUAACGUGGAGGGGGUAGGCGUGGCCGAGUUGCUCUUCAACACCAUCCAAGCAGCCGACAUUGACACAAGGGCUGAGUUCUAUAAGCACAUUGUGUUGUCCGGCGGUUCGACGAUGUAUCCCGGCCUCCCGUCCCGUCUGGAGCGCGAGCUCAAGCAGCUUUACCUGGAGAGGGUGCUCAAAGGAGAUGUGGACAAGCUCUCUAAGUUCAAGAUCCGUAUCGAGGACCCCCCUCGCCGUAAGCACAUGGUGUUUCUGGGCGGAGCCGUGCUCGCUGACAUCAUGAAAGAUAAAGAUAAUUUCUGGCUGACCAGAGAGGAGUAUCAGGAGAAGGGCAUGCGUGUGCUGGAGAAACUCGGUGUGACCGUCAGAUAAACCACACACACACACACACACACACACACACAUACAUUCACACUUGAAUUAAUUCACACACACAUUCAUACAGGGUGGCAUUUUGGCAGUGUAUAAAUGGGGAAAAUAAGAAGUUAUAAUAAUAAUGAUGAUACUUGAAUUUUACAGUUGCAGCAUAAAAAUAUCAUCGUCUUUUUGGUGCAACCUUCUGACCACGAUGUGGAUUUUAAAGCUCUGAUAAGCGGGUGGGGGGAACGGUUAAGUGGAAUCCUCACAUAUUAAAGUACUUGUUUACGCUGCCAAAAUUAAACCUAGGAUGGAGCUUCUGUCUCUCUCUCGCUCUCUCGCGCGCUCUCUCUCUCUCUCUCUCUCUCACUCUCUCUCUCUCUCUCUCUCUCUCUCUCUUCACGUUUCGUUGCCACGUGUCAUUUUUGAAGGACGUACAGGUCACACACACAAAUGGUUUGAGAUUAAAAACGUGUCAGAUAAACUUGGAUAAAUAAAUAAAUAAAUCACCAAGAGGAUCCGAACAACAAGAACAAUGAACUGUCUGAGCUGUAAGAUGUUUAAAGGUGCAGUCUGUAAUUUUUCCUAGCCCUGCAAUAAUCAUGCGAUUUUAAAGGUAACGUGGAAAAACUUUGAGUCACGGUAUUGCUGUACAACAUAUUUUGGCUAUUUUUCUUUUUCUUUCUUUUGUAUUUUUUUUUUUACUUGGAAAAAUUCAGAUUUCUGUUUACAUUUUUUUUUUUCUGGCCCUGAAAUGACCUCCCAGGCAGUGCUGGUGCUCAGCUGCCACUUCCUUUUCCAUAAAAGGCAACUCACAAAGUAAAUCCAUUUUGAACACGGGAUGUUUGUUUGUUUGUUUGUUUGUUUGUCUGUUUUGUCAAUUUUGUUGUUGUUCUUUUUCUAAAAAUUACAAACUGCCCCUUUAAAGCCGACAGGAUCAAACGUGUAAAAGCGCCUGGCUGAGAUGGGUUGCUUUUUUAAAAUGUAAAAUGUGUUACUGUCCUGUCUACUGCUUUUUCUUUCCUUUUUCUGUUACCUCGUCAUGUUUUUAUUGUUUUAUUUGCUUGUCGGAUGUGCACACGCCGUUCCACAAGACGCUCCGGUCCACUAGAGGGCGCUAAAGUGAACGAAUCCUUUCAAGUAUAUUAGCUGUGUAGUGUAGGGGGAAAAAAAAAUUAGGAUAGCGUUCCAUCCAUCAGGACCAAAUGACCAUCAUUCCCCCGUAGUGUUAGAACCGGUACGGGACGUUUCUGAAGUUAGCGUGGAGGGGAAAAAAAUUACAGCAGAGCGACCGAAUGAAAGGUCAGCAGAAGCUUUCCCCUCAGAACAUCAGGAGUGAAUGCUAGUGUUACUAACCAAGCUAACCUUCGUUCAUCGCCUGCAGAAUUAGCAUCGAUGUUUAUCUGUCCCAUAUAACAGCUUAAAUCUGUCUGCUAGUUAGCGUCACGUUUUUGUUUUGUUUUUUCUUUUUCUUUACGGUAUCUGCUUUCUAUUUUGAUACGGUUCGUUUUCUCGUGCACGGUUUGUUGGGUUAGCGCCGCUCGCGUACACAAGCAGGUUUUGUGCGGUGAAACUUAAAAAAAAUUAUAAUAAUAAAAAAAAAAACUUACAUGGCUAAUUUAACAAAACAAUGCUAAUAAGAUUAGCCGUGUGCUAACGUUGCUAUGAGGUAUUCGCGGUCGUAUUAGCUAUAACGGCUCUCCACACGUUUAAACGGCUCAUAGAUCGCUCGUGGUAGCAGUCGGCUAGUUAGCGUAGAAUGACAUUAUGGAAGCCGCUGAGGAACUAAAAUGCCUGUUUCGGGGGGAGUAGAUACAUGAUUAGCGCUGUAAUUAUGAGUACGGUCGAUGUUCUUGAGGGUUUAGUAUUAUCAGUAAUAAUUUGAAUAACGAUUAAUAACAGCAGCGUGAGUGCUUAUGAAAGCUAAAGGCUUCCUCACGAACAGAAGUAAAUAAAUGUAUCGCAGGGUUUUUUGUUAUCCCCGAGCAGUAACGCAGUGCCAAGUGUAGUGACUUUUUUUUUUUUUUUUUUUUUUUUUUUUCUUUUUUUUUCUUUUUAAACUUUUCUUUUCUUUGGGUUUUGUUUGUCUUCUGUAUUUUGUUAUUUUUGUUUGUAGCGUACUGCCAAACAACUGAUUUAAAUAAAGUAAAUUCAUUUAUAAUUACA